AGUUACGUAUCCCACCACUCAAACAUGUCUUCCAUUUUCGAAUCUUGUGAUUUGGCUCCCCCGGAUCCUAUUCUCGGUACCGCCACCGCUUAUAAGGCUGACCCCUCUCCCAACAAGGUCAAUCUUGGUAUUGGUGCUUACCGUGAUGAGAACGGCAACCCCAAGGUUCUCGAUGUUGUCCGUAAGGUCGAUCAGCAGUUGGCCGCUGACAUGAAGGUCGAUAAGGAGUACGCUCCUAUUGACGGUUUCCCGGCCCUCAAGCCCCUUAGUCAACGCCUUCUCUUCGGCGAGUCUAGUGAUAGAAUUGCCAGUAGUCAGGCUCUGUCCGGCACUGGAUCUCUGAGACUCAUCGGUGAAUUUGCCGCCAAGUUCCUCAACAGACCUGCCAUUUAUAUCUCCGAUCCUACAUGGGGUAACCACAUCAAGGUCUUCGAGAAAUCUGGUCUGAAAGUCCGAAAGUAUCCCUACUGGGACAGCGAACAUCGCGCGAUCAACUUCGAGGGAACCUUGAAGGUUAUUGGCGAUGCUCCUGUUGGCUCUCUCAUCCUCCUUCAUGCCUGCGCUCACAAUCCCACUGGUAUGGACUUCAACCACGAACAGUGGCAGCAGCUGCAGAAGCUUAUUGCUGAGAAGAACCUUGUCCCUGUUCUCGACAAUGCCUAUCAGGGAUACGCGUCUGGCGAUCUCGAGGCUGAUGCUUAUGCCCUCCGUCUCUUCUAUCAGUCUGGUAUGGAAUUCUUCGUAGCUCAGAGUUUCGCCAAGAACUUCGGUCUUUAUGGUGAACGUGCCGGUAUGUGCCAUCUCGUCACCAAGAGUGCUGACUUGGCUGCCCGCGCCCUUAGUCAGCUGAAGCUCAUUAUUCGUCCCAUGUAUUCCUCUCCCCCGAUCCAUGGUGGUUUGAUUGUUAAGACUAUCCUUGAGAACCCCUCUCUUGAGCAAGAGUGGAAGGAUGAACUUAAGCUCAUCAGCGGCAGGAUUGCCAAGUACCGUAUCCUUCUGUCUGACGGUUUGACCGCCAAGGGUACUCCUGGUACUUGGGAGCAUAUCAAGAAGCAGAUUGGUAUGUUCUCCUUCACUGGUCUCACUGUUGCCCAGUGUGAGCGAAUGAUUAACAAGCAUCAUAUCUAUAUGCUUAAGAAUGGUCGUAUCUCUAUGGCUGGAUUGAACCACGGCAACAUUCAAUACGUUAUCGAUGCUAUGGAUGAGUGUGUACGUAACGCGUAAGGGAGCUUUUCUUUCUUGUAUAAUAAUUCCUCGAACUGAGCGAUGAGUAUUUAUCGAGGCAGCAAAACCUCCAUC